AUGGAUGAUAUAGCUUAUACUCUUGGUUAUGCUCCAUAUAUUGGAUUUUACUACAAACUUCCUAGGUUGGAUUUGGACAAAGGGCUAGUACAUAUGAGUAGUGAUGAACAUGUAUUGGAUAUGUCACAUCAUUUGCAUAAAAACAGGGUAACUCAAGUAUAUUUUAAACAUAUAGGAGGUAUAAAAUUACUGGAGAGUCAGACUGGAUCAUCUACAAGCAAAAACAAUCAUUCUGUUGAUGGUGAUUACCCAAUUGAUGACAAUGGCAUAGGGGACGGGGUAGCAUCAGAAUCUGAAUGCAGUGAAUAUGAAGAUUUGGUUGAUAGUGAUUAUGAAAGUGAGUAUGAUAACAUGUUGAGGACAUGCACUACUGCAUUGACAGAAGGAGAAGGGCUACAAGCUGAAGGAAGCCAAUCUAGAGAAAGUCAAGCAGUUGCAGGGAGCCAAUUAGUAGAAGCAAACCAAGCAGUACUAGCAGGGAGCCAAUCAGUAGCAACAAGCGAAGCAAUCCCAGGAGGGAGCCAAUGGCCAUUCAAGUCGGAGCUGUUGUAUCAGAUGUAUCAGAUGCAUGGGGAGACUUGGGGUUAUCUUCCUUGGGCUUUCUUUUGCACUUUUCUUGAUGGCCUUUGGAUUUCGCUGGUUGCUUUUCCUAAUUUCUUCUUCAUCUCUCUUGCGUUUCAUGGUGGGUUCCUGUUGGUUUUUGCCUUGUGUAGGAGAUGCUUUUAUGGAGGGUUGUUGGCGAUUUUCAUGCAUGAUAUUCUCUAUAUCAUGCUUUUGGCUUGGGGAGAUGUUUCUGGCUUAUGCUUUUAUUAG